CUCAAUUUGGACAUUUAGGGAUGUACGUUUUUUCAAAGGGGUGUACUCACUUUUGUUGCCAGGGGUUCAGAUAUUAAUGGCUAUAUUUUGAGUUAAUUUGAGGGGAAAAUAAAAGAAAUCUAUGAAAUAAGCUGCACACAGACGACUUUUCAUUGUGUCAAAGUGUCAUUUUGUCAGUGUUGUCCCAUGAAAAGAUGUACUUAAAUAUCUGCAGAAAUGCGAGGGGUGUACUCACUUUUGUGAAACACUGUACAACUGACAAUGGAAACAGACACGUUGAUCGGGUGACGAGGUGGUGGCGUCCACUGGCUUUUGUAGACUGCUGUUUGAAAUUGCCACCACCUCUGGCCACUCCACCCGUCUGACGUCCGACCUGCAAUCAGAUUAAAAACAUGCACCUGCCCAAGGUGGGCCAGGUCUCAGGGGGGAGGGGCAGAGGCCCUAACAACGCUAGCCUGGCGAACAUCCCGCGGAUCAAAUUCCCAGGGCGCAGCAAGCCACAGCAAACAGACAGCGGAGUGGACCAAUCAGCGACAGGCAGACACGACGUUGGUAAAGCGACAAGAAACCCUAGCGCGAGCGAAGACCGGAAAAGUUUAUUCAACAUGGCUAGCGCGAGAGACUUGUCACUGACUUGUGUUGAUGUGUUUUUGGUCAUUUAAAACUGAUUUUACCGCGGAUUGGAAUAUAUUCUCGGCUCUCCUGUUCACCUGUGUUGUUGUGGAGAUGACUUCCAACGCGCAAAAGUGAUGUUGCUCGUUAAGAACACAUCAAGCAAAUAGUCGAAACUGAUUACACGGAUGAUUUCGUUCGGCUCGAGAGGCCAUUAAGGAGCUGAGUCCCAGACUAUUUUCACAGCGUUUGAAAAAUACAGGGAGAAGUCUGGCCGUGCCAAGCAAUAACAACGCCACCUUGGACCGUGACUUUAUAUGUAUAAUAUGCACUUUACAUAUAUAAUAUAGACAAACUGUAGGGCUCUCGUGGAAUCACAUUUUAAAAUAUGUGAGUUUAUUAUAUAUUUUUGACCUGCCUCUACAACAUUGCGUGGUCUUCGGGGCAGUGCCUCUGGAUUGGCAGACUGGGGUGUUGGUCCCCCUUUUUAAGAAGGGGGACCAGAGGGUGUGUUCCAAUUAUAGAGGGAUUACACUCCUCAGCCUUCCUGGUAAAGUCUAUUCAGGGGUGCCAGAGAGGAGGGUACGUCGGGAGGUCGAAUCUCAGAUUCAGGAGCAGUUUGGUUUUCAUCCCAGCCGUGGAACAGUUGAACCAGCUGUACACCCUCGGCAGGGUCAUCGAGGGUGCAUGGGAAAUCGCCCAACCGGUCUACAUGUGUUUUGUGAAUUUGGAGAAGGUGUCUGACCAUGUCCCUCAGGGAGUCCUGUGGGGGGUGCUUCGGGAGUACGGGGUGCUGAGCCCCAUGGUGAGGGCUGUUCGCUUCCUGUAUGACCGGUGUCAGAGUUUGGUCCGCAUUGCCAGUAGUAAGUCGGAUUUGUACACAGUGGGGGUUGGACUCCAUGGAUGCCCUUUGUCACUGAUUCUGUUUGCAACUUUUAUGGGCAGAAUUUCUAGGCGCAGCCAAAGCGUUGAGGUUGGCCGGUUUGAUGGCCUCAGCAUUGCAUCUCUGUUUUUUGCAGAUGAUGUGGUGCUGUUGGCUUCAUCAAGCCCAAGCUGUGAUUUCCAAUUCUCACUGGAGCGGUCCACAGCCGAGUGUGAAGCGGCUGGGAUGAUGAUCAGCACCUUCAAAUCCGAGACCAUGGUCCUCAGUCGGAAAAGGGUGGUGUGCCCUCAAAGGGUUGGGGAUGAGAUCCUGCCCCAAGUGGAGUAGUUCAAGUAUCUUGGGAUCGGGGUAGGUGGGAGCGGGAGAUUGACAGAUAGAUCAGUGCAGCAUCUACAGUGAUGUGGACUCUGCACCUUUCCAUUGUGGUGAAGAAGGAGCUGAGCCAAAAGGCAACGCUCUUGAUUUACCAGUCGAUCUACAUUCCUACCCUCGCCUGGGGUCACGAGCUGUGGGUUGUGACCGAAAGAACGAGCUCCGAUACAAGCAGCCAAAACAAGUUUCCUCCACAGGGUUUCCGGGCUCUCCCUUAAAGAUAGGGUGAGAAGCUCGGUCACUUGGGAGGGACUUUGGGUCGAGAUACUCCUCCGCGUUAAGAGGAGCCAGCUCAUGUGGCUCGGGCAUCUGGUUCGGAUGCCCCCUGGAGUGGUGUUCUGGGUUUGUCCUACAGGUGGGAGGUCUCCACGACAACCUCAAGACAUGCUGAAGAGACUAUGUCUCUCUGUUGACUUGGGAACACCUUGGGAUCCCGCUGGAGGAGUUGGUUGAAGCGGCUGGGCAGAGGGAAGUCUGGGAUUCCGUGCAAAAGCUGCUGCCCCCGUGACCCAAUCUCGGAUUAAGCGGUAGAUAAUGGAGGGAUCGAUGUCUUUAUUGUAGCUAUUGCGGUCCAAAAGUUUCUCGACCCCUGGUAUAUUCUUUCAUUCAUAGUUCUGUGCCCGAUUUGCACUUUAUGUAGAAAAUGUAUGUAUAUUCUUGAUAAAUGACAUUUACUGAAUAAUGUUUGACUUGUAAAACCUCGCUGGCUUGUGGUAAUGCUUAAAUUAGAAACAUCAAGAAAAUAAUACAUGUGUGCAUGACUCCAUUGUAAUAUCUUCACGACCUAGAACACUAACUAAAACCAAAAAAAUGGUGAAUUGCAAUGAAACAAUCUUGAAGAAAGACUUCUCUCUUGAACUGACACAUGUCCCAAUACACACACAACAGCUGGUGAAGAUUUUAUUUAAAAAAAAUGUAAAAUCCAAGAGUUUAAGGUGCCCGCCUGCCAGUGAGGAUUUAUGGUUGUUACACUGAGGAGAAGAAUAAAUACAGCGUAUCACUGCCUUUCGCACAAUAUGAAACAAUGAGUGCCUUUCUUUUGUAGACUAUUAUCUUUACAUAUUACCAGAAUUGUAACAAAUUGCUUACAAUGAAGGGCUACUGUGCGCUGAUAGAAAGCGUGAACACACAACCGUCAUGUGUCUAACACUUUGUCCACUAUGUACUACAACCACAAGCUAUGGUACCAAAGCUCAAUGUGAAGUUGACUAUGUAAAGUACUCUAUGUAAUGUGACAAUAAAUGUAUUCAACUUAUCAACUGCUCAGUGCAUACAUGAAUCUGAUUCCUUGUGGUGAUUUUCAGCGCUUUUCCUGUUCAGCGUUUUGCUUCCUGUAGCUGGAGAAGCCCUCAGGCGACAACAGUUCGGCAGAGGAGUCAGAGAUUUGUCACACCUUCUCAGUCUCCCAGUCUUGGGAGAAUUUGGCCUAGAUUUGGCCAAUUGGAGAUGGCUCAUUAAUUUGUUAAGCAUAAUGUGCUGGACCGCCCCACACGCAUACACACACAAUCCACUUGCUUUCCUCAACGACUUCUUGUUUGCUUUGUGACAUGAGUGCUGUAGGAAGAGGGAAGGAGGCAGGAGGAGACUCUCGGGUCUGCUCCUGAGGCUCAAACUGGGAGACUUGCAUUUUCGUCAUCUUUGCCGGGCCGAAAACAACCAACGAAUUCAAAAGAGUGUUGUGUUGCACUCACACACAUCAACACCCAAUCGCUGCUUUGGAAUCGAUUCACGAUGCAGUCUCUCCUCACUCUGCUGUUGGGAUUUGUGGUCUCCGUCGCCUCAGUGGAGUGGAGGCGUCCGGUGAUCCGGUUCAACUCAAAGGUGGUGUUGGGUAAUGAGGUUGUUGUCAAAUCUGGAACCCCAUUGGAUCUGAGGUGUGAGGGUGACGGGCCUGUGAACUGGCAACCGAGGCUGGCGAAACACAAACGCUAUAUGUCAAGAGGUAAAGGAAACGUCUGCACUCUGAAGGUGUUACGUCCCUCGGCUGAAUUCACUGGGACCUACAAGUGUUAUUACAUCGGCGGGAUGUCCCAUCGAAAUCUGACCUCAUCGGUUCACGUUUUUGUAAAAGAUCCCCACCGUAUCUUCUGGACCAGCAGCACCUUACUGAGGGUUGUAAAAAAAGAGGGCGAGGUUUACUUGCUGCCAUGCCUACUGACUGACCCAGGCGCUACAGACAUGAGUCUACGCAUGGAAAACGGCACCACUGUUCCGCCAGGGAUGAAUUUCACUGUCUAUCGACAUCGUGGUAUUCUCAUCCACAGCCUCCACCCAAGCUUUAAUGCUGACUAUGUAUGCACGGCCAAGGUCAACGGAGUGGAGCGCACCUCUAAAGCGUUCUCUAUUAAUGUCAUCCAGAAGCUCCGCUUUCCUCCUUAUGUCUUUUUGGAGACGGAAGAAUACAUCCGUAUUGCUGGGGAGGAACUCAAGAUUGGCUGCACCACGCACAAUCCCAACUUUAACUACAAUGUCACCUGGAUAUACACGACCAAAUCAAAACCCACUAUCAAAGAGAAUGUCCGCUCAAGUGGAGAAAACCGUCUGGACAUACAGAGCAUCUUCACCAUCCCUGCUGUGGACCUUGCAGACACAGGCAACAUUUCCUGCAUUGGUACCAAUGAAGCAGGGUUGAACAGUUCGACAACAUACUUACUGGUUGUAGACAAGCCAUACAUCCGCCUGUUGCCGCAACUUUCCCCAAAGCUGACCCACAAGGGUCUUGCAAUUGAGGUCAACGAAGGGGAAGAUCUGGAGCUCAUGGUGCUUAUUGAAGCGUACCCCCACAUUGUGGAGCACAGCUGGCAAACUCCAACGUCUCCCAGCACGUCUGCUCAGGAGAACAAACUCAUCCGGUAUAAUAACAGAUAUCAUGCUACAUUGCAACUCAAGAGAAUGAAUGCUCAGGAGCAAGGCCAGUACACCUUCAGUGCGAGAAGCAAUUUGGCCAAUGCUUCCAUCACGUUCCAAGUCCAGAUGUAUCAGAGACCGGUUGCCAUGGUGCGAUGGGAAAAUGUGACCACACUGACUUGCACGUCCUUUGGCUAUCCUGCCCCUCGAAUCAUCUGGUACCAAUGUUUCGGAAUACGCCCUACGUGCAACGAAAGCAAUACUGGGCUGCAGAUGGCUACCCCCUUGCAAGCCCAGACUGUGGAGCUCCAGAGAGAGGAGUACGGUGCAGUGGCGGUCGAGAGUGUUCUAACCGUGGGACCUUCCAGCCGAAGAAUGACGGUCGAGUGUGUGGCCUUUAACCUCGUUGGAGUCAGCAGCGACACAUUUGCCAUGGAAGUUUCUGACAAACUCUUCACCUCCACCUUGACUGGAUCUGCAGGCAUCCUGUCCAUCCUCCUUCUGCUUCUGAUAUUUCUGUUAUACAAAUAUAAGCAGAAACCCAGGUAUGAGAUCCGUUGGAAGAUUAUUGAGGCAAGAGAUGGAAACAACUACACCUUUGUUGACCCUACACAACUGCCAUACAAUGAUAAAUGGGAGUUUCCACGGGACAAACUUAAGCUAGGAAAGAUCUUAGGCGCAGGAGCUUUUGGUAAAGUGGUGGAGGCCACAGCCAUUGGUCUGGGAGAUCAAGACAAUGUGAUGCGCGUGGCUGUGAAAAUGUUAAAAGCCAGUGCCCAUUCUGACGAAAGAGAAGCUCUGAUGUCAGAGCUUAAGAUCCUGAGUCACUUGGGACAUCACAAGAACAUUGUCAAUCUACUAGGGGCUUGCACCUAUGGAGGGCCAGUGCUCGUAAUCACAGAGUACUGUAGCCUUGGGGAUCUCCUGAACUUCCUCCGCCAGAAGGCAGAAACCUUUAUGUGCUUUCUCACGAAUAUGGCCGCCAUAACAGAGAACUCCAACGACUAUAAGAACAUCUGCAAUCAGAAACAUUUCAUAAGAAGUGACAGCGGGAUCUCCAGCGCAUCUUCGAGUAGCUACUUGGAGAUGAGACCGUGUCAGCUGCCAAACAGCGAGCUGCCUCAAAAUGCUGUGUGCGAGGAGACUGGAGAAUGGCCGUUGGACUUGGACGACAUGUUGAGGUUUUCCUAUCAAGUAGCUCAAGGCUUGGACUUUUUGGCUGCCAAGAAUUGUAUUCACAGAGAUGUAGCCGCUCGAAAUGUCCUUUUGACGGACCACAGAGUAGCUAAGAUUUGUGACUUUGGCCUGGCGCGGGACAUCAUGAAUGACUCCAACUACGUGGUGAAGGGCAACGCACGUCUACCAGUGAAGUGGAUGGCUCCAGAGAGCAUCUUUGACUGUGUAUACACUGUUCAAAGUGAUGUCUGGUCCUAUGGAAUCCUCCUGUGGGAGAUUUUCUCUCUGGGUAAGAGCCCUUAUCCUAGUAUGGCGGUGGACUCCAAGUUCUACAAGAUGGUGAAACGAGGAUACCAGAUGCGUCAGCCAGACUUUGCGCCACCUGAGAUCUACGACAUCAUGAAGAUGUGCUGGAAUCUGGAGCCCACUGAGCGUCCCACUUUCAGCAAGAUCAGUCAGAUGAUACAAAGACAACUCGGUGAACAAGAGGAGCAGGAACAGCUAAUUUACCAGAAUGUGCAGCAGCAGGAGCAGCAACAAGAGCAAGAGCAUCAGCAGCAGGUCAUGGAGGCUGAAAAGUGUGAAGAGUGUGACCAGCCCAAGUGUUGCGACGGACCCUGUGAGCAGUCCUGUGACUCCGAGGAGGAGGAGCAGCCUUUAAUGAAGACCAACAACUACCAGUUUUGUUGAAAAUCCUUGCCGAACGAAAGGAAAACCUUUAUUUCGGUUACCCACGAAAACUUUAAAAUUACAGGAAGCAUUUCUCAAUGCUCCUAUGUGGACUUUUUGUAGCUUUAUCAAUGCAGCAAUCAUCCAACUCUUUUACCAAUCUUGAAGAGUUCAUUAAGAAAAAUCAUAUUUUUGCGUUAACUAUGUUUUUCCCAUGGGAGCAGACCCGUCACCAUAGGCAGGCAGUAGGAGGCCGUGCCUGCACACCAAAAGGCUAAUUUUUGGGGGGAACAAAAAUCAUCAACUCUUAACCGCAAAAGUGCAUAUGAAUACAAAUUUUAUAUAGCCCUGUUUUAUAUAGCCCAUAACUCAAACCGUUUGACCGACCGGCACCAUUCAAAUAUUGAAAUGACUGGAAUUCUCGUUGAUGGGGCUUUGCUGGGCAAAGGCCAUCUAAUAAAAUUCCUCAACGGUAACACUUUAUAAUAACUAGCUGUUCUAACUAGUUACUACAUAAUUAGUAAACUCUCAAUAACAUACAGUACAUAACCUAAGUAAUACUAAUAUUUACUCACACUUAACAGAUCAGUUGUUAAUAGUGUGCUAACCAUCUACUAAACUUUGAAGAACAAACAGGUUGAAAAAGCUGAAGGACCAGAAAUUUGACAUAUUUAAAAUAUCAAAUUUUUGUACCUUAACAUCAUUCCACCCAUAGGCCUUUCUGUGUGCUGUACUUUAGCAAAGAAACACCAUGGAUGAAAUGUUGAACAUUUGGUUUAAUGCAUACAAACACACAUACAUUGGUAUGUAUGCAAGUUGUCCAGGUCCUAAGGCAGCAAAACAGCAAGUGCCUUUUUGCGAACAUCAAACUAGCAACAAUGUUUUUUUAGACAGCAGUGGCUUCCUCUGUGGAGUCCUUCCAUUAAAACCAUUCUUGGCCAUAGUUUUACAUAUAGUUAAUGUGUGCACAGAGACAUUGGACUGUGCCAGUGAUUUCUGUAGGUCAUAAGCAGACACUCUAGGGUUCUUUUUUUACUUCUUUGAGUAUUCUGCGCUGAGCUAUUGACGUCAUCUUUGGUGGACGGCCGCUCCCUGGGAGAGAAGCAGCAGUGCCAAACUCUCUCUGUUUGUAGACAACUUCUCUGACUGUCGAUUGAUUAACAUCCAGACUUUUAGAGAUGGUUUUGCAUCCUUUCCCAGCUUUAUACAAAUCAACAAUCCUUGAUAGCAGGUCUUCAGAAAGCUCUUUUGACUGAUCCAUGAUGCAGAUCAGACAAUGCUUAUCAUCAAGACAAUUUUUACCAGGUGUGUGUUUUAUAGUGGGCAGGGCAGCUUUAAACCACUCAUCAGUGAUUGGGCACACACCUGACUUAAAUUGUUUUGUAAAUAUUGGUUUCAAUUGCUCUUUAAGUCUCCUUAGGCUCCUUAGGUUCACUUACUUAUUUUCCCCCUUCUGUCAUUGUUUGGGUGGUUUUAGUGUGAUUUUGACAAAGAUCAUAUCACAUUUGACGGGGAUUUUAUGCAGAAAUGUGAGAAAUUCCAAAAGUUUCAGAUACUUUUUUACACCACUGUACUGAGCCAUCUCACAAAAAAAUACAACAGUAUCGUACAAAUCCAUGAGUUUGGGAAAGUAUUUAACGUCCAUACAUCACAGCAAACUGUUAACAAACACUUAACAAGUCAACAAUAUACCAUUUAUUCACAGUUAACUGACCAGCACCGCUCAAAAUUACCAGUAUUCUUGCGCGACACAGGGAAAAUUUCGAAAGACUCCCAAAGUUUUUUUGUUUGCCCAUCAAUGUGGGGUUUUAUGGAAGAAAAAAAAGGUUCCAAAUGUAUCUAGUCCUACAAUACCAAAUCACAUAAUUUACACAUCAAAAAAAUCCAGGAUGGUUAGGGGCGUAAAAGUACAGAAUACAGAAUUUGAUAAAAAUUUGUUCUCCCAAAAGUCAACAAAAACUUUACCAUUAAUUUCUAACGUCUGUGCCAUUGAAUGCACGUCCAAAUUUCCCAUUCAUUUUCAAUGGCAGGAAAACAUAGGUGCUUGUGAUUUUUCGACCAUUUGCCAUGACAGCACAUUGACAUUCAACUGGCACUUGUGUAAGUCGCCCCGCUCAAACAGAUUGAAAUGACAGCACAGUGAAAGGUGUACUUGUUGUGUUUUUCGGAGUUUUGCCGCCGUCUGCUGGCGCUUGGGUGCGACUGAUUUUAUAGGCUUCAGCACCCAUGAGCAUUGUGUAAGUAAUUAUUGACAUCAACAAUGGCGGGCUACUAGUUUAUUUUUUGAUUGAAAAUUUUACAAAUUUUAUUAAAACGAAAACAUGAAGAAGGGUUUUAUUAUAAAAUUUCUAUAACUUGUACUAACAUUUAUCUUUUAAGAACUACAAGUCUUUCUAUCCAUGGAUCGCUUUAACAGAAUGUUAAUAAUGGUAACGCCAUCUUGUCGAUUUAUUGUUAUAAUAAAGAAAUACAGUACUUAUGUACCGUAUGUUGAAUGUAUAUAUUCAUCUUGUGUCUUAUCUUUCCAUUCCAACAAUAAUUUACAGAAAAAUAUGGCAUAUUUUGUAAAUGGUUUGAAUUGCGAUUAAUUACGAUUAAUUAAUUUUUAAGCUGUAAUUAACUCGAUUAAAAAUUGUAAUCGUUUGACACCCCUAAUAUAUAUACAUAUACCCAAAUCAACAGGAAGUGACCUGAUAUCAACAGGAUGUGUCCCCGAAAUUUCCCCAAAUCAACAGGAAGUUAUCUGAUAUCAACAGGACGUGUCCCCGAAAUGUCUCCAAAUCAACAGGAAGUGAACCCGAAAUGCCCCUAAGUCAUCAGUAACCCCCGAAAAACAACCGGGCUGGUCUUAGAUCUGUGUCAACCACAGCAAAGCUCCAUCACAAUUUCUUCAUAAACGCAGUUUCUAGUUGAAUUGUGACAUAGAGUUGUUUGAAAAAAAAAUAUCUGAAACUUUUGGAAUUUCUCACAUUUCUGCAUAAAAUCACAGUCAAAUGUGAUCUGAUCAUUGUCAAAAUCACACAGAUGAAAAACUGUGUGCUUUAACUUAAACCACCCAAACAUUUAUAGGUUUUCAUAUUUUGAUGAUGAUAGUAUGCAAACAAUGACAUAAGGUGGAAAAUAAGUAAGUGAACAAUCACAUUUAUCACAUCAUUUUGUGCCCACCCCUUUGACAGUAAUAACUUCAACCAGAUGCUUCCUGUAGCUGCAGAUCAGUCGGUCACAUCGAUCAGGACUAAUCUUGGCCCAUUCUUCUCAACAAAACUGCUCUUGUUUAGUCAGAUUCCUGGGAUGUCGAGCAUGAAUCGCCGUCUUUAGGUCAUGCCACAGCAUCUCAAUGGGGUUCAAUUCUGGACUUUGACUUGGCCACUCCAGAAUGUGUAUUUUGUUCUUCUGAAACCAUUCUGAAGUUGAUUUACUUCUAUGUUAUUGGAUCAUUGUCUUGUUGCAGCACCCAUCUUCUUUUUAGCUUCAACUGUCUGACAGACGGCCUAAGGUCUUCCUGCAAAACAUCCUGAUAAACUUUUGAAUUCAUUCUUUCAUUAAUGAUUGCAAGUUGUCCAGGCUCUGAGGUAGCAAAACAGCCUCAAAUCAUGAUGCUCCCUCCGCCAUGCUUCACGGUGGGGAUGAGGUGUUGAUGUUGGUGAGCUGUUCCAUUUUUGCUCCACACAUGACAUUGUGUGUUACUCCCUAACAAUUCAACUGUGGUUUCAUCAGUCCACAAUUUUUUUGCUAAAACGUCUGUGGAGUGUCCAAGUGCCUUUUUGCAAACAUUUAACGAGCUACAAUGUUUUUUUAGACAGCAGUGUUUCCUCCGUGGAGUCCUCAGAUGUAUGCCAUUCUUGGCCAUAGUUUUACAUAUAGUUGAUGUGUGCACAGAGACAUUUGACUGUGCCAGUGAUUUCUGUAAGUCAUUGACAGAUGCUCUGGGGUUCUUUUUUUUAUCUCUCUGAGUAUUCUGCGCUGACCUCUUGGCAUCAUCUUUGGUGGACAGCCACUCCUUGGAGAGAAGCAACAGUGCCAAACUCUCUCCAUUUGUAGACAACUUCUCUGACUGUCGAUUGAUUAACAUCUAGACUGUGUAUCCUUUAUCUGCUGUAUACAAAUAAACAAUCCUUGAUCGCAGGUCUUCACACAGCUCUUUUGACCGAACCAUGAUGCACAUUAGACAGUGCCUCUCAUCAAGACAUUUCUUACCAAGUGCAUGUUUUAUAGUGGGCAGAGCAGCUUUAAACCACUCAUCAGUGAUUAGGCACAAACCUAACCUAUAAUGUUUGGUAAAAAUUGGUUUCAAUUGCUCUUUAAGUUUGCCUAGGCAGAGGGUUCACUUAGUUAUUUUCCCCCUUGUUAUUGUUUGCAUGCUAUCGUCAUUAAAAUAUGAAAACCUAUAAAUAUUUGGGUGAUUUAAGUUAAAGAAAACAAUGUAUUUUCAUCUGUGUGAUUUUGACAAAGAUCACAUUUGAUGGUGAUUUUAUGUAGAAAUGUUAGAAAUUCCAAAAGGUUCAUGUUUUGGUGGUGCAGUGGUAAACCUUUUCUAAUUAGGUUGUAGCAUGACCCCUGGUCCCGGGUUCAGAUCGCGCUGUUGAUGCUUUAUUAUUCUAUUUUUAAAUUAAUGUUUGAAUAUUUUUUUGCUGCUGAUCGGACAUGAUGAUUACGUGCUGCGUGAGUGGAGGGGUACUAUAGACUUAUUCAAAAUAUAGGAAUUUAGUAAUGAUUUUUGUGAAUGUUUGGUGACGGGCCUGCAUUCAUGUAGAAAGUUCAAAAGCUAACUAACGACGACUAGUAUAAAGCGCUGUAGAUAAGUUAGCUUCUUCUCCGAUCACUUUCAUUGAGCAGCCUGUUUCUUCUUUUUUAUAAAUGCGUGCCAAAUGGACUGUGAAGAAGGCAAAGAAUGACUACGUUGUUUUUGUCCGUCACGCUUUGGUCAUAUCCAGAGCUCUUGUGACACCAUUACAGUGACCGUGGCUUCUUGGCAACAUGUGAUUGCACCACUUAACAUAAAUCCAUUAUCCACAGGUUCAAGACCAUAUAGGAGAGAGCAAUACCAAUAAUAGGUCCACGAUAGACGAUAGAAUAGUGUUUUAUGCUUGACAAUGUGAAUGUUUUUACUGUUUAUUUUCAGACAUUUUGUGCAUUUUCUUAUAGUGUUCCUUAUAAUCAUGACUUUUGAUAUGUAGCAGUCAGCCUACACUGCCAACUGUAUGAAGUAACACAAGCUGUGAGAGGUGUGUCCCACAUGGCAUUGCACAUGUGCUCACAUCUAAAUGAAUGAGAUUUCUAAUCAUGUAUAUUUCUCCUGAUGUAUAUUGAGAAGUAUCUUUAUUUUAGCGUUUAGAGAUUGUAAUGAAUGCACACUUCAUAUACGUGACGGGCGGUUUUGUGAAAGUGAGACAAAAGUUGCAAAUG